GGAAAAGAUAAAAAUAUUUUGUUGCUUAAAUUUUCUUCUUUACUAAUGGUCCGGCAACGUUCAAUUGGAAUUAUUAUCAAGAUGGCUUCGGCAGCAAACGGCGGUAUUAUCAAACCAAUUGAUCACAGCACAGUGCACCGGAUUUGUUCCGGACAGGUUGUUUUAACUUUAGCCGUUGCUGUCAAAGAACUGGUGGAGAAUAGCCUCGAUAGUGGGGCCACAGCUGUUGAAGUCCGUCUGAAAGAAUUUGGCAGCGAUUCAGUUGAAGUUAUUGAUGAUGGUUCCGGUAUUUCUCCUUCCAAUUUUGAGAAUCUCUGCCUCAAACACUAUACAUCCAAAAUUGAAGAGUUUGAAGACUUGCUUAAUGUUCAAACAUUUGGUUUUCGAGGAGAAGCAUUAAGCUCACUUUGUGCCCUAAGUGCUCUUAGUGUUACAACAUGUGAAAAGGGCAGCAAAAUCGGUUGGAAACUUGAAUAUGAUUCCCAUGGCAAACUAGUAAAACAAACUCAGUAUUCCAGACAGCCUGGGACAUCAGUUAGUUUGUUAAAUCUGUUUUCAACCCUGCCUGUACGACAUAAAGAGUUCUUAAAGAACUUGCGAAGAGAAUUUGCCAAAAUGACCAAUAUGCUGACUGGAUAUUGCUUGAUUUCUAAAAAGACAAGAAUAACUUGCACAAACUCAACUGGUGGAAGAACAAGCACAGUUUUGUCUACUAGAGGUGGAGCACACUUGAAAGAUAAUUUUACAUUAGUGUUUGGACAGAAAAGUUGGCAGAACAUGUUAGAAAUAAAAGCAACUCAGCCGUCAGAAGAUAUUUUAGCGGAAUUCAAUCUGAAUGCGAAUAUCUUGCCCAAGUUAAAUGAAUGGCCUUUCCAGUUUGAGGGUUUCGUCUCGAGCUGUGCACACGGUACGGGCCGGAGUUGUGCUGAUCGCCAGUAUUAUUUUAUUAACGGUCGUCCGUGUGACCCUGCUAAAGUUUCAAAACUUGUUAACGAAGUCUACCAUUCGUACAACCGCAACCAAUAUCCGUCCAUUGUGCUCAACAUAACCACUCACUCUAGUGAAAUAGACAUCAACGUAACACCCGACAAAAGACAGUUAAUGGUUGCAAACGAAAAGAUACUUUUGGCAACUGUUAAAGCGUCGUUAAACGAAAUUUACCGUGAAAUCCCUUGCACGUUUAGUCUGCAAAACAAUUCUUUGUUAAACACAUCUCCUGCUGUUUCGACGGAAUCGCCCGGAACACCUUCGCAACGUUUACGAUCCUCUCUUGCUGCGUUUGCUGCCGCUGGUUGGAAACCCUCGUCACCUUGUUCCCCUGGUGAAAAACGGAAACUUGACUCCUGUUCUCCGGCUUUAAAACAAAAAAGAUUGGAUGAUUUCGUCACAAUUCCUAUUUCCCCUUCGGAAAAAAAGACAAAGCUUGAUGUUUCGAUUCAAGACACACAACAAGCAGAUACUAAAUGGGAAAACAACUUGAGUUUUACAAACAUCAAAGAGAUGGAAUCCUCCACGGAUAAUGUCGAGGAGAAUAUUGACGCGGAUGACGAGUCCUUGUGUGAACGAGUGAGGGAUGAAGAACAACAAGCAGAAGAUGAAGAGGUGAAAGUUCUCGAGGCAACAGAAGUUGAGGAGGUCCAAGUUAUCGAGAUGUCCGAAGAACCUAAGGUAAUCGAAACAUUAGAAGAACUCGAAAGCGUCCUGGAAGAUGUACUUGCGCCGCCAACCAAUUGUCCGGUUGUUUCCAAAGUUAAAACGACAGUGCCAUUUGGCCUGGAUUUGUUGAUGGAAAGAAAUCGUCUGCAACGUGAUUUGCCGAAGUCAGUCACAGAGAAAAGAUUUUUGGCGCGUAUCAAUCCUGGCGAUGCGGCUGCUGCUGAAGCCGAGCUUAGCCGACAAAUAAGUCAAUCUGAUUUUGAAAAGAUGGAAGUAGUUGGCCAGUUUAAUUUGGGCUUCAUAAUUGCCAGACUGAAUUCAGAUCUUUUUAUAAUCGACCAACACGCCGCUGAUGAAAAAUACAACUUUGAAACGCUGCAAAGAACUACGCGGAUUCAACCACAGAAACUCGUUUGUCCCAAACCUCUGAAUUUGACGGCUGCCAACGAGUCGCUCUUAAUAGAAAAUAUGGAAUUAUUCCGAAGCAAUGGUUUCGAGUUCGUCGUUAAUAAAGACGAGGACCCCACAAAACGUGUUUUGUUAAGUGCCGUGCCAUUAAGUGGCAACUGGCUGCUUGGUCCGAGUGAUAUCGACGAGCUGCUAUUCAUGCUACAGGACUCUCCAAUGAAUGAGGAAGAGGAUCGUAGCAAUGUGAGUCAAGCUUCAUUGGCGCGUUACAGGCCUUCGCGCGUUAGGGCUAUGUUUGCCUCUCGAGCUUGUCGCAAAGCUGUCAUGGUGGGGGAUCCGCUUACUUCAGUUCAGAUGACUAAUUUGCUGCGUCAGAUGAGCAACUUGCAACAGCCUUGGAAUUGCCCGCACGGACGUCCUACCAUGAGACAUUUAAUCAACACAGAUGUGGUUCAGUAAUUCAUUGGGCAAAUUUAUAUAUCAACGUGUCAUUAGUACAUAGAUUUUCUACCACUCUCACACGCUUAUAGUUUUGAAUAUAUUGAAACCAGUUAUAGCUGUGCUGAUAAUCAUGCCAGGAAUUUGCGGAUGCCAGUGCAGUUCUUUAAUUUCCUUCUGUCCCUGAUGGAUAAACAGUAAUUGUGGUGCUAAGUCCUGCAGAAAAAAAUAUACAGAGUCAAUGAAG